AUAAAGUGAGAAAAUAAAAAUAUAUUAUUUUAUAAAUGGCCAAUGACGUUAUGAGUAGAUAGGCAGCGAAUCUGUAAGUUCCUUGAAUCCAGGGGGACUACUUUUUGGGCAAAUCACUGAUCUAUCUAUUUAGGGUUUACAAUUGGCAGUUCAUCAUCUAUCUAUCUGACUGACGUGUGUAGAGAGAGAGAGUAAUGGCGGAGAAGAAGAAGAGAGUGGUGGUGGUUGGUGGCGGCAUAGCCGGUUCUCUUCUUUGCAAAACCUUUCAUAAACAUCACCACGUUGAUUUUACCCUUAUUGAUUCGAAAGAGUAUUUUGAGAUCACAUGGGCAAACUUGAGGUCAAUGGUGGAACCAUCAUUUGCAAAAAGAACACUGAUUAACCACCAUGAAUAUCUUCCUGGUGCAAGUAUCAUUACAUCCGACGCCAUUGAGAUUGACGAACAACAUCAAGUUUCAACCACAUCCGACCGCCAGAUUGCUUUUGAUUACCUUGUCAUUGCCACUGGUCACAUGGGUAACCAUCAUGUGACUAUAAGUGACAGGCUCAGGCAGUUUGAAGCAGAUUAUGAAAAGAUUCAAUCUUCUAAUACGAUAUUGAUAGUUGGAGGAGGGCCCACUGGUGUGGAACUCGCGGGUGAAAUUGUAGUCGAUUUUCCAGCUAAAAAGGUAAAACUGGUUCACCGUGGUUCAAGAUUACUGGAGUUUAUUAGUGAAACGGCUGGUAAAAAGGUUCUCGAUUGGUUAACCGCUAGAAACGUUGAGGUCAUUUUAGGUCAGUCCGUUGACUUAGACUCCAGCUCAGAUGGUGUUUAUUCGACGUCUAGUGGUGAAACUAUUACGGCUGAUUGUCACUUUAAGUGCACAAGUGAACCGAUUGGUUCAUCGUGGAUCAAAGAGACUAUUCUCAAGGAUUGUUUGGAUGAUCAUGGACGGUUAAUGGUUGAUGAACAUUUACGGGUCAAGGGUUUUGCCAAUAUUUUUGCGAUUGGAGAUGUUACCGAUGUUCCUGAACUCAAACAAGGAUACUUAGCACAAAAGCAUGCUUUAGUGGUUGCCAACAAUUUGAAACUACUGAUAGAAGGAGGUGACGAGGGUAAAAUGGUAAAAUACUCUCCCGCCACGUCAGCAAUGGCAAUCGUGUCAUUGGGGAGGCGAGAGGCUUUGGCAUAUAUACGAUGUGUGACAAUGAUCGGGCGGAUUCCUGGUCUGAUUAAAUCUAAAGACUUAUUUGUUGGGAAAACAAGAAAGCAAUUAGGGCUAAAAGCCUAAGUAUGUUCACAAUUUACAAGCCAUUUAUACCAAACGGGUCGAUUCGAGUUGAAAGGAAAACAUAAACCGGUUAACCAUAGUUAUUUGUAUUGUAUUGUGGGGAAGAAGGUGUAGUGUCCGACACCCCAUUCAUUAUUUGUACAUGCGGGUCUGUAUCGCAUUGCAUGCCGUAUGAAAAACUAUUUGUAUUGAACUCGUCUUGUAUAGAUGAGUAUUAUUGAACUCGGGUUUUCGUACCCCAUUGUUGUGUUGUUUCAAACUCUUGCAGUGUCACUACAAGACCUUUUCUGUUUUGCU